GAUGAGGGAGUCGCUGAGCUGUCCAGUUUGUUCAGCCUUACAUAUUCCUCAAAAACGCAACUUGAAAAAUGGCAUUUUUAUGGGUACCUGCCAAUCUUGUGGACAUUUCUUCAAGUUCAGGUGUUCCAACGGUGUGGAGUCCAGCAUUACAGUCACUGUUAAUGGGAAAUCUUACUCAGUUGGAAGUGAGUAUUCUGGGUCCUCAACAUUGAAUUCCUUCCUACGAGAUUCCAGAAUUUCCAUGGGAACUAAGUAUAUGUGCAAGGAAGGGGGGUGUGGGACGUGUCUGGUACAAGCUAAACUGUAUGAGCCAAUAACAAUGGAAAGACAAACCUACGCCGUGAAUUCAUGCUUGGUGCCCCUGUUCUCCUGUGAUGGGUGGGAGAUAACCACCAUUGAAGGCAUUGAUUCUACCAGUGAUCAGUCUGUCCCUAAACGCCUCGCCCAGUAUAAUGGCAGUCAGUGUGGCUUCUGUAGUCCCGGACAAGUCAUGAAUAUUCAUGCCCUUCUUGAUUACCAUGGUGGAACAGUUACAAAGCAAAUGGUGGAAGAUGCCUCAGAUUCUGUGAUAUGUAGAUGUACUGGUUUCAGGUCUAUUUUGGAUGCAAUGAAGUCAUUUGCAGAGGAGAAUUCUCAACAUGUAUCUGAUAUAGAGGAUGUACACACCAAGCGCUGUGAUCGGACUGGUCAGAUCUGUACAGGAAGUUGUCACAAACAGAGCUCACAGCUAGCCUUAAAAGAUGUCCAGUGGUUCAAACCAACUACGGUAGAGGAUCUCAUCAAAAUGAUAAAGGACAACAAAGGCAAAAACUACAGACUGGUGUUUGGAAACACAGGAUACGGAGUGUACAAAGAAUUAGAUCCAAAGAAUUAUGACAUACUUAUUGACCUCAGAGGGGUGACUGAGUUGUAUGGAAUUGAUUUUGAUCCUACGAUAGUCCUGGGGUCCAGCUUGUCCCUGAGUCAGCUGUAUGAUGUAUUGAAUCGAGGAUCAAAUGAACCAAAGUUUGGAUAUUUCAAAGAAAUGUGUAAGAUUAUUUCAAAAGUAGCCACCGCAUCUGUCAGAAAUCUUGGAACUUGGGCAGGAAACCUGAUGUUGAAACACAAACAUCCAGAAUUUCAGUCAGAUAUAUACACCAUGCUAGAAGUUGUUAGAGCCCAGCUGAAUAUUGUUGUGAAUGGUGAGACAAAGGUUAUUCCAAUCUCUGAGUUCUUGAGUCAGGACAUGACAGACUGUGUUAUAGUGGCCAUGUUCUUAAAUUCAGUCCCAGACAAUCACCACAUAAGGAUCUACAAAGUCAACAAACGCACACAGAGUGCCCAUUCUGAUGUAAAUGCUGGGAUGAACUUUGGUGUUGAUGCAACCCAGAACUUUCUGAUUAAAAGUAAACCAACCAUUGUAUUUGGUGGAAUCAGCAAAAACUUUGUACAUGCUACAAAGACUGAAGAAUAUUUGGUUGGAAAAGCUCUUGGUGAUCAAAAUACACUCAAAGGAGCUUUGACAAUGUUGUCUCAGGAGUUGAUUCCAGAUGACAGUGACCAAAAUCUUACAUCAGCAGACUUCAGGAAAAAUGUGGCCAUGGCUCUGUUUUACAGAUUUGUGUUAGAUGUCCUUGGAAACAGAGCCAGCUCUCAAUUCAGGAGUGGAUCCACUCCCCUGACUAGGCCUCUGUCCUCAGGGAGACAAACCUAUGAUACCAAGCCUCUGGAAUGGCCACUUACUGAACCAAUGACCAAAGUGGAGGCAGUCAAUCAGGCCUCUGGCCGAGCUGUUUACAUCAACGACAUAGCUGGACAGCCCGGUGAGUGCUUCGCAGCAUUUGUUCUCAGCACUGAAGCCAGCGCCAAAAUACAGAACAUUGAUCCAUCUGAGGCCCUGGCAAUGCCAGGAGUCCUGAAGUUUAUUGCAGCUAAAGACAUCCCUGGAAUCAACAAUGUGUCCCCACCCCCAUUCCCCACUGAGGAGGUCUUGGUUAGUGACAGAGUCGAGUAUUACAGUCAGCCAAUUGGAAUCCUUGUUGCAGAAAGCCAGAAUGCUGUUGAUUCUGCUGUCGACAAGGUCAAGGUCACCUACACAAAUAUCCAGCCUCCCAUCCUAACUAUGGAAGAUGCUAUUGACAAGAAGUCAAUAUUUCCCAAGGUGGCAGAUGAAAUUAAAGUAGGAGAUGCUGAAGGUGCUAUUGCAAAAUCAGCUGUCAAAGUGACAGGUAGAAUUAAGUGUGGGACUCAGUAUCACAUGGCCAUGGAAACUCAGAUAACCAUCUGUAACCCCACAGAAGAUGGAUUUGAUGUUUAUUCCUCCACACAAUGGGUAGAUAGAUGUCAGAAAAGUAUUGCCAUGGUGUUAGGGAUACCUGACAGUAGCAUUAGUGUAAGCGUUCGUCGAUUGGGAGGGGCUUACGGAAGCAAGAUUUCCCGUAACUUUAUUGUGGCUGCUGGAUGUGCCCUUGCUUCCAAUGCUAUUAAAAGACCUGUGCGCCUGUCUCUGGAUUUCCAUGUUAACAUGAAGAUGGUGGGUAAAAGGUUUCCUUGGAUGGCUGAUUACACGAUUGGCCUAUCAUCUGAUGGCAUGCUAGAGGGUGUUAAAAUAACAUAUUACACAGACUGUGGAAUAAAUCCAAUAGAUAAUAGCUUGGCAGGGAUGGUCUUAGGGAUGGACAAUGGGUACUAUUGUCCAAAUUGGCAUUUGAUACCAGUAGCUCUGAAGACCAACACAGCCUGUAACACUUCAUGUAGAUCUCCAGGCUCUUGUCCCACAAUCUUUAUCAUGGAGUCCAUCAUGGAGCAUUGUGCAAAAAUGCUGGACAAAGAUCCAACUGAUUUCAGGAGACAAAACCUGUAUAAGAAGGGUCAGGUCACUCCAGCAAAAAUGCCCCUCACUUACUGUAACAUCAGAGAGUUGACCAGUCAACUGCUGUCAUCUGCUGAUUAUGUAACCCGACAACAGCAGGUCUCAAGUUAUAACCAGGCUAAUCGUUGGAAGAAGAAGGGUUUAUCCGUGGUCCCUAUGAAGUUUGGUAUAGACUGGACAGGAGGUAACUACACAGCUCUAGUGGCUAUCCAUGGCUAUGACGGCAGUGUGUCCAUCUCUCAUGGAGGAAUAGAGUCUGGUCAGGGCAUCAACACCAAGGUGAUACAGGUGUGUGCCACAACCUUGGGUAUUCCCAUGGACAUCAUUAGAGUUAAACCCACCGAUUCCCUGAGUACAGCCAACAGUGUUACGACAGGUGGCAGUAUCACCAGUGAACUCUGUUGUAAGGCAGUUUUGCAAUGCUGUGAUGCUUUGAACAAGAGAAUAGCUCCAGUGAAACAAAAAAUGGCUGGCAAGUCCUGGAAGGAUGUCAUAUUCCAGUGUUUUAGUGAAAACAUGGAUUUGUCAGAAAGAUACUGGGAGGUCCCGAACAGUCCAAAUGUUUUCCAGUAUAAUUCAUAUGGUGUGACCUUGACAGAGGUCACUUUGGAUGUCCUCACUGGUCAACACAUCAUUGACAGAGUAGACAUGUUGUUUGAUUGUGGAGAGAGUAUGAAUCCUGAGAUAGAUAUAGGACAGUGUGAGGGAGCUUUUGUUAUGGGUCUGGGGUACUUCCUACUAGAGGAAAUAAAGUAUGACCAAAAAACAGGACAACAACUCACUGAUGGCACAUGGGAAUACAAAGUCCCACUAGCAAAAGAUAUACCAGUUGACUUCCGCAUCAACUUACUGAAGAAUGCCCCAAAUCCAGUGGGAAUUCUCAGGGCUAAAGCCUGUGGUGAGCCCCCCUUGUGUAUGAGCUGUUCUGCCUUGUUUGCCAUUAAACACGCUGUUGAGGCCUUCAGGAGGGAUAUUGGAAAAGACACUUACUUUGCUCUAGAUGCUCCAGCAACUGUUGAAAAAGUGCAGCAAGCCUGUAUGAUUGAUGCUUCACAGUUUGUAAUUCAGUAGAGGACUGAUGUACAGUAACAUUGUUAGGAGACUACAUUGUUGGCCUUAUAGACUAGCUUACUAUCUUACUAGCAGGUGCAGAAUAAUGCAUUUAUACAGAAAGAACUAGAGGCAUUAUAUGAGUGUUGUUAUCCACAUACUUUCUGUAUUUUAAUUCACCUGAAUCAAUGAAAAUUAAAUAUAUGUGUGACUUCUUUAAGGGAUGGAGCAAUAGCAAAUGGAGUGAUUUUUAUAGUAUUUAGCUCACCUCAACGAAGUUGGGGGGAGCUUAUGUAAUACACUCAGUAUCGGCGUCCCAGCUAAGUUAAAGUCUUUGGAGCAGAUUUUUUUUUCAAGAACUUCUAGGCCCUAUAUUAAUCAGAGAUGCAUGGAGGAUGCUUCUAGUAUGUUUCAUUGUACCAGUUAAAGUUUCAGAUGCUGCAAUUUCAGCAAAAGAAUGACCAGGUUAAUGUUUUUGGAGCAGGUUAAAGUUUUUGGAGCAGGUCUCAUUUCCAAGUAUUUAUAAGCCCUAUAUUGACCAAACUUGCAUGGGUGAUACAUCUAAGAAUGCACAUUACAUUUUCUGGAUGAGUGACCAAGUUAAAAUUUUUGGUGCAGGUUCAUUCUAAAGUAACUUCAUGUAUGCUAUGUUGACCAAACUUGCAUGGAUUACACAUCUAAGGAUGCAAACUACUGGACUUACUUUUGAUGCUGGAUCUGACCUACAUUUUCUGGAUGAGUGACCAGGUUAAAAAUUUUGGAGCAGGUUCAUUCUAAAGUAACUAUUAGCCCUAUCAGACCAAAAUUGCAUAAAUGUUACAUCAAGGGAUGCACACUACUAGAUUAUUAGUUUAGUAUGGGAUUUUGCCUUACUUAUAGACAACAUUCAUUGAGGUGAGCUCUGUAAUCUCUGAUUACUUAUGUUUGUAAUGUGCAAUCAGUUCAGUCAAUGAAUUUGCAAUGGAAAAUAUUAAUUGACAUUAUCAAAAACAUUUUGAUAAGUGUGCUAUGCAAUCAUUAGUAAAUUGAAUAUUAACUUUAUAUGUGAAGUAAUUAUUCUAUGCAUGAGUUAAAAGUGUAUUUUGUAAAAUUCAAAUGUGAUAUUUUGUAUAUAAU